GCGCAGCCGUAUCACGAAGGAUGUGAUGACUUGACUGCGCCGACCUCUCCCCAGGGAUCUUGCAGCGCGGUUGUCACAACCACGAAAAGGAUGGAGACGGUCUCAUCGACUGUCGUCACGUCGUCAAAAACCGUCACGUUGGCGACAGACGGAGUGGAGAAAAAGAAGAAGAGGAGACCAGAGGGGAAGGACGGUAAAAAGCUCAGGAGAAAGAAGAGAUCCGAUGUUGAAAAGGAGAAUGGUGGUAAGCGCCCGGGCGGUGCGACGGCGGAGGACAGUCGUAUUCAUGUUCGCUCCUACGACAGCUCAAAAGCCAUCAAGAAGUUCAGCAAGCAGGCGGCCGAGGAGUCGCAGACCGACUGCCGGGCGUGCGGCCGCCAGGUGUUCCAGAUGGAGCGCAUCAAGGCCGAGAAGGCCGUCUGGCACAAGGACUGCUUCCGCUGCACCGAGUGCGGCAAACACCUGACCGUUGAUACGUAUGCCAGCCAUGAGCGUCAGCUCUACUGCCAGGUGCAUCACAAGAUGCUCUUCAAGCCCAAGGCUGUGGAGAACAAGGAUGAGAGAGCUCCCCGGCUGCGGCGUCACGAGCUGAUCAUCCGCGAGUCCCAGCCCGAGGAGCUGCCGCCGGACGUCGUGCGAUCCUCCAGUAAGUCUGAUUACGGACUGGAAGAUCUGCAGAACCUGAACGUCAAAGACCGAUUCUCGGUGUUUGAGCGCACCAGUGAUGAUGAACAACCCAAGAACCCGGCGGCCGUGGAAGUCAAACGGUCACAGAGCCUACUUAAGAAAAUCAAAAAGUUCCAGACUCCGGGCCAGGAGGGUGACGCGGGUGUGGAGCUGGGCGACGUGUCCUCGGAGGAGGAGGAGGACGAGGACGACGAGGAGGACGUGCCGCGCGACCCGGACGUGGUCCGCUCCACCAAGAAGACGGCCAAGGAGCGGCCUGUCAGCUUCGCCGGCAUGGGCGACACCAAGCGGCACUUCGAGGAGGGCCACGAGCGGCGCGAGAGGAUGCGGGAGGAGCGCAAGGGCGAGCUCACCAAGCUGCGCGGCAUGAUCUGCGGGGCGCGUGACCGACGCUUGGCCUACGAAGAGACGCUCCAGCAGGAGGCCGCCAUGAAGAGAGCUGUGGAAGACCCCAGCGCCGAAAUACAGGUGAACCUGAAGGCGUACGAGCAGGCGGUGCAGCAGGCCGAGUCGGCCCCGGCCGUGUCCCGCUCCACCGAGGCCGUCACCCGCCAGAAGGCGACCAGCAUGGCGUCCAAGUUCGAGCGUGGCGAGCUGGACGGCCCGGACGAGGACGCCGAGACGCUCCGCCGGCGGGAGGAGGACGCCGCGCUCUUCCGCGAGGCCGGGACGGCCCGCGGAGCCCGGUCCCUCUUCAAGGAGCUGGACGCCUCGGGCCCCAGGGAGGGCGUCGUGCUGAGGUCGCCGUCAUCAGCCGGGAAGACGGAGUUCAGGAGGAGUGUGUACGAGUCGGAACCGGCUGCGGAGAUCGUCAAGUCCUCCUCCAAGCACGACGACAUUCACGUGGAGACGUCGGCUCUCUCCAGCCGCUUCAAGUUCUUUGAGACAUAUAAGGCGCCGGAAAAGGAGAAGAAGCCAUUCCGCUUCUCCCCACCGCGAGAGGGCACUGUUAAGGGUAACACCCCGGACCGCGAGGUGGAACGGGACCCGAACGUGGUGCGCGCCGACGAUCGGCCGGAGGGCGAGCUGGCGCGCAGUGACACUGCCAGUCGCAUGCUCAGCAAAUUCAAACAAAUGGAGCAGAGAGGCGGCUCGGACGGCCAAGAGGCGAGGACGACGCGGGAGAGGCCGCAGGGAAACGCUCGCCACCUGCUCUCGAUGUUCCGGCAAAUGGAGGAGGACGCCCAGAAGGAGGAACUGCCAGACGGUCCGAGACCACUCAAGGCGUUCACGCCGCCACCCGAGUACACCGAGGAGACUGACUCGGACGAGUACACGUACACCGACGACUCGGACUACUCGGACUCGGACGACUCGGAGUCGGGCGUGGUGCGCUCCGGCCAGAAGCCGCAGGACGACGUUCUCACGCAGCGCACCGAUCACGCUCGCAAUCUGAAGGCCAAGUUUGAACGCUGGGAGCAGAAGAUGGAGCAACAGAACAAGUUCAGCGCGGAGGAAGAGUGCAAGCCCAGCCUGGAGACGGCGCGCAAUCUGCGCUCAAUGUUCGAGGCCAUGAAGGACCAACCGGCUGUCGCUGAAAAGCCAAAGCCAAAAGUCAACAGAUUUGUUGGGGUCGCCGCUCGCCGAGCGCCGAGGCGGGCCGGCGCCAGCCCCGGGCCCAGCUCCGACCCCGACUCCGAGUCCGACCCCGACCCCGAGCCCUCAAAGUCAGCGCCCCGCUCGUUCUGGGACCGCGAUGGCGAUGGGGACGAAGACAGCGCCUCCUUUUGGGACCGCGGCGACGCUGGGCACGGAGGCGGCGCCUCCUUUUGGGACCGCGGCGACGAUGGGCAUGGAGGUGGCGUCUCCUUCUGGGACCGCGAUGAAGGCAGAGAAGAAUCUCGCGCUUCUUUCUGGGACCGCGGAGAGGAUGGGUGGGCGGGAGGCGAGCGUCAAACGGAGCCGACUGUGGAGGCAUCGCCUCGGGUGCGGUCCCGGGCGGGGGCAGACGGUCACGCCUCAGCCCCGCGGAGCGCGGAGGGCACCUCGGCCGGACGGGAGGGUGCCAGUCAGGAGAGGGCUGGUGGAGAUUGCAGCAAACAGGGCAGCCCGAGCAGCGGGGAGACGAGCGAAGAGGACGAGGACGAGGAGGGGUCCGAGGACGAGUCCGGGGAGGAAGAAGAGGAGGAGGAAGGGUCGGACUCGGAGGAGGGGGGCUCGGGCUCGAACCCGGCGCCUCGCCGCCUUUCGGACGACGUAAGACCAGGCAACCGAUUGACCGGCUACGUGCCAGGAGGCUACGCGUCGGUCGGCCCGGGCCGCCGCCGCCCGGCGGGCCCGUGAGCCUUCCGCCUCCGCGCCGCCGCCCAGCAGCGGCGGUGGUGUCCGUGGGCGGAUUGUUUGACCGUCCCGGCGCCCUGCUAGCACUGCGGCCCCCGGAAGGGUCCGGUGGUGAUGUGCCUGGUGCUGCCAGGGGUAUGGGUCCUGGUGCCGGUGGCCAGCACAGCGCAGCGUGCAAUUUAAACCUGCAUGGCUUUCUCAGUUUGGAAAUAACAGUGUUUGUAUGCUUCUGUCGUUGCGCAAUACACUAUAUCCUCGACACAA